CCUCAGCUCCACAAGUUGCCACAGCUAACUAAUUUUAAUAUCCAAAAAUGUCUCUUUCCCCUUCUCUCACCAUGUCAUUGCUGUCCUUCUCUAUCUUGUUGCUCUUUUCUUUUAAUACCAGGGCCGCUGUUCCUCCCUCGGCAACAUUUAAGUUUGUCAACCAAGGUGAAUUUGGGCCAUUUGUUGUUGAAUAUGAUGGAAAUUACCGUGUCUUAAGUAUAGCUAACGCCCCAUUCCAACUUGCCUUUUAUAACACCACCCCUAAUGCCUUCACCCUUGCGUUACGCAUGGCUACCACGCGUUCGGAAUCACUAUUCCGUUGGGUUUGGGAAGCCAACCGGGGGAACCCGGUUCGCGAGAACGCCACCUUCUCUCUGGGGACGGACGGAAAUCUUGUGUUGGCGGAUGCAGAUGGCCGGAUUGCUUGGCAAAGUAACACUGCCAACAAAGGUGUGGUAGGCUUCAAACUGUUGCCAAAUGGUAACAUGGUGCUACAUGACUCCAAGGGCAAGUUCACUUGGCAAAGUUUUGAUCAUCCAACGGAUACCCUCUUGGUGGGCCAAUCUCUUAGGAUAGGAGCCGCGACCAAUCUUGUGAGCCGGGCUUCUGCCCAGAAGAAUGUGGAUGGCGCUUACAGCUUGGUGAUAGAGCCCAAAGGAUUGGUUUUGCAGUAUAAGGGCCUGAACUCCCCUAAGCCUCUCGUCUACUUCAAAUCAUCUGUUUGGCCUAGUACCCAAGAUGGUACUUUACAGUCUGUGACACUAAAUGUUAAACCAGACUCUGCCAGUGAUGGUUCUGCCUAUGAUGUUUUGCUAGAUUACACUGUGGCUAACUCCUCCUUCGGCACCGGGAAUCUCAUUUUGACUAGGCCGAAGUACAACAGCACGUUGUCGAUUCUUCGACUUGGGGUGGACGGAAACCUUAGGGUCUUUACCUACUUUGACAAGGUUGAUUCAAGAGCAUGGGAAGAGACAUUCACUCUCUUCUCUAGGGACUCAAUAUGGGGUACAGAAUGUGAAUUACCUGAGAGGUGUGGUAGCUUUGGGCUUUGUGAGGAGAAUCAAUGUGUUGCUUGCCCAUCACCGAAUGGAUUAUUGGGUUGGAACAAGAAUUGUCAGCCGCAGAAACUGACCUCUUGUAGGCCUAAUGAUUUCACCUACUACAAGCUUGAUGGAGUUAACCAUUUCAUGAGCCAGUACAAUGAAGGACAAGGGCCCAUGAAGGAGAGUGACUGUGGGAGGAAAUGUACCUCGGAUUGCAAGUGUUUGGGCUACUUUUACCACAGGGAAACAUCCAAAUGUUGGAUUGCUAAUGAGCUGAAAACCCUGGCUGCAACCUCAAACUCUUCCCAUGUUGGUUACAUCAGGGCACCCAAGAAGUGAUGAAUUUUAAGAGCCAAGCAAAGUAAAAUGCUGAAGAUGAAGUUUGUACUUUGUAGUUGUCACUUGUAGCUCUCUUUUUCCCUCUUGUAUUUGCCUGUUUUUUUACUUUUCUGUUUGAUAAUAAAACAAUUGUAUGUUUGAAUCACCCCAAAGUGUUUAUGGAAAGAGUUCAUGUUUCUUGGAA